GUCUUUCAGUUACUCACGAUCCUGCCGCGGUGGUGCGUCCGCCCUUCGGCGAGUGCGUACCUGUUCACGAGAAACGAUGCAACCGUGUCACUAGGCCGUGCGUGUCGCACGUGAUACCUGAUCCGCACGGUUACUCGUUUUUCCUUGUUCCUCCGCCGUCGAUUAAUCGUUCCCGGAGAUGCGAUCUUCGCCGAAUCUUCGGGGGCAACGUGCGCGAUCGACCUUUUGAGAGAAUAGAUUUUCCCUCGAUCCCCAGCCCCUUCGUCGCUGUAUCUGAACGUAGGGCGAGCCCUUCCGUGCGUGUCGAUCGUAACGCGAGAGAACCCGGCUGAUGUCGUUUGGAAGUGAACGAAAGAGUAUUCGCUACCGUCAGACGUUUCUACUGGAAACAUGCAUAAACGCCGGUCCUUCGAUGGGAAUCUCCAGGAACAGGUUUUGCCGAUUCCGGUGCAGAUGUUCCUUUGGCGAAAGCUGAGGCCAUUCAUUCGUGCGAAACUUGGCAAGGUUCACGAAGCAUCCUGCACGUUCUGUCAACACGCGCCAGGCCAUCAUUUGACGAAGGAAGCUUGUUCGUCACUCGAGAAAGUGUUAGUACAAAAUCUGCACAAUGAUCUACUACCCUCUUUGCGGGUGAUACUGGGCACGGUGCCACGCUGGCGUUUGAUCCAAGCUGCCCUUCCCUAUGUUCUCCACGCCACCGCCAAUCUUCUGCACAAUAGGAAGGAUUUUCAAACUCUCGGAGCGACGGAAACGACGCUUCUCUACAUUCUACAUUGGAUUCUUCUCGACUCCGCCGAAGAAUGCACCGAACCAGACGCCGACGCCGGGAAUCCAUUUUAUUAUUUGUUUUCCAUACCCGUGAUAAGCCUAUUCGUCUAUCUGUUUGCACCGCUGUGCAAUCAUUUGAAAGACAUCGAUUUCAAAACGAAUUUACGACUAGAAAACGGCUUAAAAAUAUGGUCGGCUAUGUACGAGUGCCGUCACCCAGACACGCGAUGUUUUACCGCCCAUUGCAAAAUUAAACCGCAGAUUUUAUGGAGUCGCUCCUUCAAGGCUUCUAAACAGCAUCAAGUGUCCGACGACGUCUUCGUCGGAGGAAAUGUCGAAAGUCCUCCUAGUCAGUCUGCCAAUGCGUUCUCUGACCAAAGCGUCGAUAAACCGACGAAGCAGAGCGAAGAUUUCUCGUCUGUGUCGUCGCCAAAGGACACGGUAUUUCCCGAGACGAUCCCAGAGGAGACUUCUGGCGCCGAGGACGAACACGUAGUGAUCUUCAGGCUACCGUCCGUCAACAGGUCAGAAAGAGCACACGAUGGGAGUGAACCUAGUAUUUACCACGUGGCAAUGGGUAGGUCGACAGGUUUCUCAAAACUCACAAUAGAACAAGUUACAGCGAUUUCAGGACUUGAUACCUGUAAACAGUAUCACGAAAGAUCCACGAGUUAUGGGAGUACGGAGAAGAAGAAAGAUGAGCAUAAGACGGAGAAGGAAGCUCAGGAUAAGUCGAAGAGAAAAGCUUCGAUCACCCAACAAACUUCUGGCGAUGCAACCGGUGCAGCGUUGGCCAGUAGCUAUCCUGAUGUCGAGUCGGACGUUCGAGCUGCAACUUUUCUGGAUGUAGCUGUUCUUAGGUGCCUUUUCGUUUCCCAGUGGCAGGAGGAGGGCGUACAUUGGGCUUUACAAUUUUUAUACCACAGGUUACGAAUGGUCAAUGAAGAAACAUCGGUACAGCAAAUGCCACGUCGCCGAAGUAAUUCCUUGCCCAUUCCAAAAAUCGAAGUAUCCAUUUACCAAAGUCCUGAAAGCAAAAAGAAGGAGGUACCCAAGAGCUUUAUAGAAAUACCGGAAGCAAGAGACGUCUCUGUAGUAUCCAGCACAGACAAUGGUAUACAACGUUACGAAUUAACAGUAAUAUUCCUUUUUAUAAUUGCAAUUAUUGUAAUCGUUUCUGCGUCAGGUCACGAUACUGACACGAGUCAUCAUACGAGACGGGCCAGCGAGAAGUCGAAGAAGAGAAUGAAAAUGGCUGAUCUUAAAGCGUUCGUCGAGACGAAAUUGUUAUCGAAAUCCGAAAAGGCGCUUGAGAAAAUUGGUCAAGACGAGCCGAAAAUGUUAUUCGAUCAGGAGAGUCACAGGAGUCUAGACACGGGAGACGAUCGUUUAAGAGAGCGGCGUACUUCGACGAGUUCAAAAAUAUUCGACGCGAAAGAUAUCGAUUACAUGAAGCAUCCGACGAAUUUAAUCAAAGGAAAAAGCAUGCCGAGUUUAAGCUGCUUGAUUAACGAGCUGACCGCGGGAGGGUGUGUCGGCGAUACUCGUAUGGAGAGGAAACAGGGGUUUUAUAGCCAAUCGUACACCGCGCCGAACCCUAUAAUCACUGUUACUGAACACACGCCCACUCCAUCCCCGGAUUACAUGAAGCGACAGGGUUCAAUCGACAGUCAAUUAGACGUGAUUAGUAUGCACGGUAGUCGACUGGAAUCCGAAAGGAAACCGAGUCUGACUCGAUCACAAACAGAUUCCAAUAUUACUUAUGGCAGCGACGAAUUACCAGAAGCACCUGGUUCUGGUUGUUACAUCACCAAAGAGGGUGACAUAGAUUUACAAGUUGUUUUAAAAGCUGUUCAUUCUAUUGCUUUGAGAGACAACAAUUGUUGCACAUUGCGCGUAUGCGAGAACAUUUUAAACUUGGUAGAACUUCUAAUGGACAUGGGAGUAAUGAGACAAUGUCUGCGCGACGAAAUGGGCAGCAUAGCAGAGUCAACCACAGAGAAGCCGGAGACCGGAAAGAAGAAAGAUUUUCCCGAGAACGAUCAGGAAUAUGUUUUGGAAGAGACCAAGUAUUCCUCUCACCAUCUUCUGAUGAGCUGCGUGAUCAGAGUAGUGAAGCACUUAGGCUGUCCGCACAGUUGUUCCGACGGUAUACGUGGCUCGCAGGCAGACUUCUGCCGUUCACAGAGCCACACGAUCCUAACGAAGUUGCACCGCGCCAGCUCGAAACAGUUCUCGAGGUUUCUCAAACAGCUGGUGCGGGAGCAACCGAUACCGGAGAUACUGGAAUUCUUUCACUCGUUCGUUGGAUUCUGCAUGGAUCCAAGUUCGUUACUAUCUCCGCUUAAUCAAAAACGAGGAUCCAGUAAGUCGCCUGACGUCGGGUCGCAGAGUGGAUACGCGACGAAUUUCGGCGCCAAUUUGAUGGGAGGGAUGAUCGGCGCCGGUACCUCGUCUGCCGCGGGAAGCGCGACGGCUACCGGAAGCGUCGUCGCAGCGUACAGCCUGAGUGCUCACAGCGUCCGCGGGAUAGAGGGCAACAUUUUCAGUUACGUCUUCAAGCCGCUGGUCUCGCGUUUCGUGAAAUCUUUAAAAGAGCUGAAGUUGCAAGAGAAUUUAAACUUGUAUUACGACCUUCGACAGUUCAUGUCCUACGUGAAAGAAGUUCACGGCGGUGUUUUUAGGCGCGUGGUUCUCAGCGGGUUUCUGGAGUCCGCCGAUCGACCGAAUAAACGGUGCAACAGCAACGUCCAAACGACGCGAGUCAUUAGGCACAUACACCAAUCAGAUUUGGAGGAGCACGCGGAUAUUGGAGGCGACACGUGUUUCACUGUAGACGACAGGGGAACUCGGAAAUUUCUAUUCAAAAAGAGAAGCACAUCAUCAACUUGCGCGAGUCUUAUAGAAACAGAGGUGAGCGAGGAGAACGCGAAGAUCAGCCAAAGUCCUUUGGGAAAUAUAAGAAAGAAGCAUCACAUUCUGACCCCGCGGCAGAGCGAACGCAAUUUAGGGAUCGAAUCCAUAAGUUCUGGGAAAAUUCGUAAAUCGACUCGCUUCCAAAUUGGCGGAAUAGUUAAUUGGUUCCGAAAAGAUUACGGCAGAACCGAUUCCACUGACAGUCACGAGAGUAGCGAAUCGCCAACGGAGGGUUUCGUUAGGCAACCCAGUUUCCAUUACGGCCAUCACCGUAGCGCAUCCAGAUCUGGACGUGGUGUGAGUUUAACGUUGCAAAAGGCAAAGCGUCGGAUGGAGGAUCAGUUGAAUAAAAUUGGCUUUGGAAAAAGUAAGAAGAAGGAGAGCAUGGAGGAAGCUCCCGGAAGUUAUUUCAGUAGAAAGAAUUCUAUGGAGUUCGGUGAAGCCUCUAGAGAAUCUGAAUUCGUGGUGUUGAAAGAAAGGAGGCUGGUACCUCGCAAUGCUAUUUACGAAGGAAUGCUACGAUUCUCAUUUCUGUUGGAAACGUGUCAGCCGGGUUCAGUUCCUGAUCACCACCUAAUGGCUGCGAUUUUAGACCUCCCUCACGCACCGGUGGCCGCACGUGCGUGUUUGCUGUUGGAAUGCGCCCACUUCGUCCACCAGUGCAAUAAAGGACAAUGGCCAAUUUGGAUGAAGAUGAACAUUCCCCUGUUUCGUACAUCGGGUCCCAUGAACAACAGAAACGCGAACACGGUAUCUGCCAAGUGUCACGUGUUACAACGUACUGCAGGCAAAAUGUUUUACCAAUGGGCAGAGGCUAUAGGUGCAAGAUUGGAAGCAUUAAUGCAUGAGGACGAACAAAAUGCUGAACAAGUGACAGCGAUGGUGUCUGAUGAAAACAAGCAACGAGAGUUAAUUAUAGAAGACGAAGAAGAAGACUUCCUCGAUGAAGCAAGUAUAAAUGGCUACGGGUCGCAAUGUCCCAUGGCGUUACGUUUCGCUGCUUGCAUUUUGCUACUAGAGGUGACAGCAUUCUUGAGGGAAGCUUAUAAAAAUUUGCCGAAGUACAACAAGCAUCUAACGAAGGAGCGACCACAGCCUUGGGACAGGAUGUACAGCAGGGAAGCGAACCGACGAUGGAGCAUGGCGCUCUCAUCGAUGGGCCAUUCUCAGACAUCGGCCCAGAGCCUUCAAUCGAUCGUCGGUGAUCGCGAAGUGGCCCCGGAACGGAAGAUCAGUUUUGUCCUGUACGAACCUGACAACGAAUCAGAAGGUAGUAGCAAAUCAACUGUUACGAUACAAGGGGAAGAUUUUCAAUGCGCGGAGAAAUCUAAACGGGUACAACAUCCACAAGGUCGGCCGUUCUUGCUGCGUCGCGGUACCGCGGAGAAUGCAACCGGGUCGUUUAAGAAAAGGAGUCUGAGGCUUCGCCGUGGUACUAAAGAAGGCAAGGACACUGAAUGCGAGGCUUAUACUGUGAGGCGAGCUGACUCGAUACAGUCUAAACGAAAAGUUAGCUCGCUGUCGGACAGAAGCGACACUUCGGAACCUGGUUUCGGCGGUGAAGUCAGCGGCGAGGAAUCGCCGGGUAUACUGAUCGACGACCAGCCGCCGGAGAGUCCUAGCGACAGUAACGAGACCGACGAGACGAACAGAAAUUUCCCUUGGAUGAAAGUUCUCGUUCAGUUCUCCAAUUCGUUCAACUUCUGUUGCUCGCAUCAGAACUUCUGUCACCCGUAUUGUCAUCGACGGCAGAUGCGGGCUUGUUGUAGACUGAUCAAGUCCGUGAGAAAGAUUUACGGCGAGAAGUUCGGAAUUUUGAAUGGCAUGAGCAUGUUCGACUUAGACGCGGAUAAGAAAGAGACGAGCAAGAAGGAGAAACGUAGUCGAAAGAUCUCGGAACAGGCUAGUACUCAGGUGUCGCCCGUUCGAAGAAAGGACAGCGUAGGGAAGAAGUACAAAAUUGACAAGAAUCUCGACGGCACUCAGUCCGUAAAAAUGUCGCAACGCGACUCUUCGAAAGACUUGGUCGAGGACGCUGAACGAGGGAAAGAACCUUCGAAUAAGUCCGACGGCAUUGACAAAGAGAAUUCAGAGAUGCUGAAGUAUCUGAAGAGCCAAGUGAAAGAUAUAUUUCACGCGCCGUUGGCUACUUUGGUGAAGGGGGCAGUAGUAAUGACGGAGGAACUGUUCGUGGACGUCCUUCCGGUCGCCUGGGAACUUCUGUUAGAGGCGAACCAAGAAGUAGCGGCCUCAGCUGCUUCGCUUUUCAUAGUCGCAGCCGUGCGUGCGCCGAACCAAGCCAGCGAGCUGAUGCACCACGGCCUCCAGCACAGCAGCACGAGCGUGCGAAUAAAUGCAAUACUCAGGUUCCAAGUUCUAUGGAAAUUACGGUACCAGGUGUGGCCGCGUAUGGAAGACAACGCGCACCUAACGUUCAAAGUUCCCCCGCCAGGAAUCGAAUUCACAUUACCGUCACCGAAGAUCGGCAUAGAGUCACUGCCGGUCGUCGACCCACCGUGGAUGCCGCAAGUGAAAACGAAGGUGGAGGAAGUGACCAUCAACCAGGAGCACCAUAGGUCCCUGGUGACGGCAACGAAAACGCGUAAGAAGCAACAAACUGAACUCAUAAAAAAGGCUUUACAGGCACAAGACGACAAGAAACGCGAAGAAAGGGAAAACUUUCUGAUCACAACCAUACCGAUUACCGUACAGGCAGCCUACGAGCCCAGUCCUGUCGGGGAUGAUCAUGACGAAGGAAAUGUUGGAGAGGAAGACGGUGGUGAAACUAUGGCAAGGAACACGUCUCAUCACGGCCAGUCAGCACCCUCUUUAUUCCCCUCCUCCCUGUGUUCUGCGAUCGUUCAAAUAAUUAAUUUACUUGACGACGCCACAGUGUCAGAUGACGGGAGCGCCGUUUACGAAAUUGCAUAUCAAGUAAUUUGGAAUUGUUUGGUGGAGGACAGCGCGUUGUUCCUUCGAUACGUUUUGGAACGACUCACCAGAGAGAAACAAGAAUUAAUGUUUAAAAUUUUACGACACCUCAUAAGAUUCGUGCCAAAGCUGCCUCAACAAGCUGCUUUCGCUCUGUAUAAUUAUAUAAUCGGAUACGUCAUGUUUUACGCUCGUUCGCCGCACGAGGAAGGUCAGAAGUUAAUUGGGACUGCUUUAUCUAUACUGUGGAUGGUUGUUCACAGCGUGCACGGGAUAAUGUUUAAAGAUUUGAAGCAAAUACUACGAAAGGAGCAGUGCGACGCUUCAAUUCUAUUAACCGCGAAUGUGCCGUCAGCAAAACGGAUCGUGGUUCACGGUCCCCAAGACCCGGACGCCGGUGGAAUUCCCUCGCAAUUCCCAGUUCAAGAAGACACGCAAUUCUGCCAAAUACUUCGCGAAUCGUUGGACUUCUUCGGCAUCGAAGAGUCGAAGCACCGGGAAUACUUCCUCGUCGAUUAUAAAACACAUGAAAUACGCAACCCGUCGUCGUACGUUCGGGACUAUUACUUCUUCAAAGGCAGGUCGCAAUUCUCAGAGAUCGAGCUGGUGCACAUGAAACCGGAUGACGCGUUCAAAGCGUUGCAGCGGCAGGAGUUGGUCCACAAGUUCGUAGAGAUCGGCAAGGUCCUAUUAACGUGGGCAAUUUUGAAGAACGUAGACAUGGUCGUACAGAGGGUGGUUUUUCUCCACGAGGAACUAAUGAAGCUACCCUCUUUCCCGAGAAGAGCACUAGAGGCGGACUUGGAUUUAUACAAGGGUGGUGAAAUUGGUAGGGAAUUGCUUGGUUUGGACGUGAUGCACAAGUUUAUGUGGGUCAGACUGAUUGCUCGUAUGUUCGAGGCGAUGGCCGGGAAUUUUGCCUACUCGGGGGACAUUCAUCUCUUCUUAAACGUUUUAAACGGCGCGGUGAUUAUUCACAGCGAAGACUCCUGCAUCUUACGCUACGUCGUCGCCACGUAUAUUAACGCAGCGCACAACUUCAAGAAUAUCUUCUCAACGAACGGCUAUCUGCUAAUUAUGCCGACGCUGUUGCAAUUGUAUUCGACCCAUCAGACGAAUAAAUUGGUGACGACCACGGUCGAAUACGCUGUGAAACAGUUUUACCUCAUGAACCGAAAACCGUUUAUUCUACAAAUGUUCGGAAGCGUUUCUACUAUAUUGGACACAGACGAGACCAGCCUUCACGGAGACGCUCAUAAGGUACCCUCUACGUGCCUGUUUAAUUUAUUGCUAAGUCUGGAAACUCCGUCACCGGAUCCUUUGAAUAUAGACGAAUUAGUUAAAGAAGAGAAGCCAUUGAAGGCUAUCGAUUUCUGUUAUCACGACGAGAAUGAAAUGGUCACUGUAUUGGACUGCAUAUCUCUUUGCGUAAUGGUGAUCGCUUACGCACCUGAUUCUGUUCGAGGUCAACAAAUGCUUAUUAUAUUAGAAGCGAUACUGCCUUGCUACGUGCAACGAAUACAAUCGCCAUCGUACAACAAAGAGGGGAAAACAGAAAAAGAAAUAAUAAAUCAAUUGGCUGUAGCCAUGAAAACCUUGGUGAAUAAUUCCGAGGCACUCACGAAAUAUUACAACGGGCCACAAAAAUCGAGUCCCGAGCACAAGGGUUCCAGCCAACGGAAUUAUGGCAAGGGUCCUUAUUCGCCUGGUUUCGAUUUCGAGGAUGAAACACACCCGACGAAAUAUAUCGAACAUGGCAGAGCCCGAAACCUUUACGACAACGACGAUUUCGAAAGCUCUCAUAAGAACGAGUUCCGCAGACCGCGCGAUACUUUAUUAAACAUGAUAGGCGACUUCGUGGCCCGCUGCUCCGUCCGGUUGGUGGAGUUGAACAAAAAGUCCCAAGAUGGGAAGACAAUUGAAUUGUUAGACUCGAAAUGUCACAUAAGAUUGGCGGAUAUCGCGCAUAGCCUUUUGAAGAUAUCGCCGUACGAUGCGGGCACGAUGGGCUGCCGUGGCUUGAAGAGAUACAUGAACGACAUUUUACCUUCUAGCGAUUGGUCUAGCGACGAUAUGAAACCUGCAUUGACAAAUAUUUUGAGGAGACUCGAUAAGACUUUCAGCAAAAUUUAUAAAAAGGCUUCUAUAAGGAGGAAUACUGAUUGGACCGCGGCGAGCGAUCUUUUGAGAGGAGUGUACGAGACGUUGGUCAAAUGCCCAUACAUUGCCCAUUAUCAAUAUUUGAAAGCUCUGCUAGCUACCUGCCAGUCAUUAAUCAUCGGAGAUACUCCACCGGAGGAUAUGACAUCAGCAUCCUCGGCCGCUUUAAUGAGCAAAAUACCUCCGCAGCAUUUCUGCUCCACGGUUCUUCGACUAAUCGCGCUUUACGUUAUAUCCGUCGGUGAAGGAUACUUGCAUUCUAUGUUCACGAAUCAAACUCGUAUCGAGAACAUACUCCUUAAUUUAUUGAUACCACUGUUCCUGCGUGUGGGAACCGGAAGAAAAGAUGUGCCGAAGCUGAGACAGUCGGAUAUUAAUUUUGCUUUAAGUGCUGUACUGAACACGUUAUGGCCAUUGACUUCUAAACCGAUACCGGUUACCACGCAGAAUUUGAAGACAGCAACAGAUAUGAGAGCGGGUAGUUUAACGUUCGUAGUGAGGGACUCGAAAACUUCGACGAAAACAUCUUUAACUUUGUAUCAAGUUGCCUUUUUAGCAUUGAAAAUAAUGACGAUAUGCUUCGAGACGGAAUUGAAAACCGAGUGGCCAAGAAUCUUACGCACAAUGCGUUUAUUGAAUAAACGUAACGAGGCCGCCAAUUAUGUAUGGAAUUUUAUAGAAUUCGUGGUCACUCAUCGCACCCCUUUAUACAUUCAAAUGCUGCCAUUCAUCAUCCACAAGGUCGGGCAAGCGCCGAUCUCGGAACACGAGAGGAACAUGCAGAACAGCAUACGUGCGAAAAUUAUUGGCGACACUAAAACGGUACCGAAAUCACGCGGCACACUAUUGACAGAUUUGAUACACGAAUUGAAGGACUUGAAGGAGGAGAUCGAGGACCGGAAAUUCGAUGAACUGCAACCCGAGCCAAAGAGAAGCGUCGUGGACAUGCAUUGCACCGAUGGGCAGCCACGCACGCAGAGGCUAUCCUUGAUCGACCUCUUAACCGGAGAUCUAGGAUCAAGGAGUCACGUGAAUCACCAGUCGAAUUCGAGUAGCACUCUUAAGACAUCGCAGCCGAGUCAAAUAUCGGCACCGCCAAACGGUACUCAGACUGCACGCGGAUCGAGCACGAGCGGUGGUUCCUCCACUCUUCGCGAGGCCAGCGAGGCUGGCAUCAGCGAACAGCCGCUGGCCGAGCAGCAACAGCAGCAACAAUCAACAGAUAAAUCCCAACCAUCUUCUACUACUAGCGAUGAACGUAACCAUGUAAAGCCUCAUCCUAUAUUAACUCAUCAAAAGGCGCCAAAACUGCGCUUUCUCUCUUCCGUAGAGUUUAGGCACUCAUCAGGGGAAACCGUGACGAGUCAGCUCAGCCCAACCAGUCCAAACGAGGACAGUUCAGGCGAAUGCCGGCCAGACAAACCUCGGUUACAACGCUCUAUGGGUCAAAGCAAGAAAACUUUGCGGCUGCGAAAGAGUCGAAGAACUCCCGCAGAAACAGCGCAGUCGAGAUCAGAACCAAGUAAUAUCUCGCCGCAGCCACAGACGAGCCAACAGCCGGCCGUGCUUACACCACCGACUCCCGUACCAUUGGAAUCAUCGGCCUUUAGCAUCGCCUCGGAUUCAUCAUCGAUUCGUUCGCGGAGGAGCUCGUCGAUUCGUCAGUCUGACUGCGAGAAGGGCGGCAGCCUACCGAACGAACAAAUGCACGCGAACGUCCAUCACCACCAUUACCAUCACUACCACCACCAUCACCAUCUUCACCUGCAGACGUCGGACGUCUCUUGGGACGACGAUACGUCCAGCACGUCCGGCUAUCGCGAGUCCUACAGCAUGCAACUGGUGUCUUUGGACGGCGGUAACAAUAACACGCGUCAGAUUCACGCGCCGCCAUUAGCCUCGCCGGAUCUGAACGACAUACCGUCGACCAGUAGCACGACGACUCACGUUUUCGAGGGAAGCUCGCCGGACUGCUCGAUCAAUGGAAGCGGUGCAGAGAAAACGGCGCUAUUGACUGUCAGUCAAAGAUCGAGCUCGCAACAUUCGUUGCUGAUGGUGUUCCCGAAUCAGGACGAAGACACGUUGAUAUAGGUAACUUCUACGCACCGCGACGAGACUGAACGAAGCUUAAAUAAAUAACUUUUAACCGCUGACCGAUACUCCAGUGCAUAUAUUUGUUACGCGUCUCAUUUGAUGUUACAGAGUAUUUAAUAAAAUAUCUUUUGUCGAGAUGUAUUUCAUUUAUGUAUAGGCAGGAGUACAAUGUUUUCGGUUAAACGUAGCGGUUAAAGGCGUUUAUUGGCGUAGCACGAGAAUUUAGAAAAUGUUCCAUAACGUAGAUUGCGAGUUAAUAAAGAAAUGACCUAGUGCGAUGUUCAGAGUAUCGAUUAAUAUACUACGUUGAGACCAGAGAGACCAAUUUAAGAUACGUACGUUGGGAGCCUAGCCUCGUGGUUACAGAAUAUGUACUUUGUAAUACUUGAGCGUAGCGAAGAAAUUACGACCACGUGGAUGAUUAGGCCUAAAUAUUUCUAUGUUA